CAAGUGCCCCCACCCCCCCUCCCCUCGGUUGCACCGUUGGACUCGCCGGCAAAUGGCGCGAAAACUGAGAACGGCGCGAGUGCAAAGCUGGGACUAACGUCGGGUGCAGGGUCGAGAGCGGGAAGUACAACGCCGGGAAUAACGCCGGGUGCGGGGAGUGCAUCGCUGCCAAGAACGCUGGUGCGGGGAGUAUAACGCCGGGUACGGGCAAGUGCAACUACGGGGGUAACUUCUGGUGCCCAGUGGGUGCAACGCCGGCAAUAACUUUAGGUGCCGAGAGGGUGCGAGUAGUUGCAGCGCCGGCAGUAAAGCUGAGUGUUGGGACGGAGAGAUGGCCGAGACCAGGAACGGUGAGGUUGCGGCGCCCAGGAUGGCCGGGCUCAGGAAUGGUGACAUGCCCGGGCACAGGAAUGGUGACAUGGCCGGGCUGAGGAAUGGUGAGGCCACCGGGCCAAGGAACGGUGAGAUGGCCGGAGCCAGGAACGGUGAAAUGCAUGACCUGAAUGAGCUCAUUACAGCCAGCAUGCUGGAGGAGGAGAGGCAGCUGGAAGAGGAAGGUCAGGAAGAAGUGAAGAAGCUGAUGGAACAGGCCAAAAUGUUUUGGGAAAAAGAUUCGCGGGAAAUGCGUUAUAAGCGAUUGCAGCAUUUGCUGGAGAAGAGCAAUGUUUACUCCAAGUUCUUGCUGAUGAAGAUGGAGCAGCAGCAGCUGCAGGAACAGAAAAGGAAAGAGAAGCUUGAAAAAAAGAAAAAGUUGCUGGUGCAGGGAAAAAACUCGUCACUAGAAGAGACGAAAACAGAUUUAGCAUCCAAGAAAAGAGGAAGAGAAGAAGAAACAUACAGUAUUUCAGAUUACAUCUCAAAGGAGGAUAUUUUGUCAAGAGUCAAAAAGGCUAAAACGGAUGAAAAUCUUGACACCACGUACACUGAGAUAAGACUCGAGACUGAAGAUACAGAGAAGAACCAGGACUCCAAUUCUGCUAUCAAGGACAGGUUGACCCAAACGGUUCGCCACUACUCCCAGCAUCUCUGGGACCCAGUCAGACGGGUGGACGGCCAACCGGUUCCAUACCAACAACCCAAACUCUUCACAAAUGGAGUGAUGAGGUGGUACCAAGUGGAGGGCAUGGAGUGGCUAAGGAUGCUGUGGGAAAAUGGCAUCAAUGGGAUUCUGGCAGACGAGAUGGGCCUGGGGAAGACUGUGCAGUGCAUUGCCAUGAUCGCCUUGAUGGUGGACCGAGGGGUCCCGGGGCCGUUCUUCGUCUGCGGUCCUCUGUCUACGCUACCAAACUGGGUGUCCGAGUUCAAGAGAUUCACCCCGAAGAUUCCUGUGCUGCUCUAUCAUGGGAACCAAAAAGACCGUGUUGAAAAGCUACGCAAAAUUCGAAAGUGUCAGGGGUCUCUGCAAAUCAUGCCUGUGAUCAUCACUUCUUAUGAAAUUGCAAUGAGGGACCGCAGGUAUUUCCAGAAAUUUCACUGGAAAUAUCUAAUUGUGGACGAAGGCCACAGAAUCAAGAACUUGAACUGCCGCCUGAUUCAAGAACUAAAAAGAUUCAACACUGACAACAAGCUGCUGUUGACUGGAACCCCCCUACAGAAUAACUUGGCGGAGCUCUGGUCUCUGCUCAACUUCCUACUGCCUGAUGUGUUUGACGACUUGAAAAGUUUUGAAUCCUGGUUUGACAUUUCGAGCGUCACAGAAAAUGUUGAAGAUAUAGUUGCCAGUGAACAGGAACAAAGUGUUCUGCAUAUGCUUCACCAGAUCCUGACUCCAUUCUUGCUGAGAAGGUUGAAGUCGGACGUCACUCUGGAUAUUCCUCCAAAGCGGGAGGUUGUGGUUUAUGCACCUCUGAGCAAGAAGCAGGAGUCGUUCUACACGGCCAUAGUUAACAAGACCAUCUCAACGUUGCUAGGACAGGAGCCUGAACAGGAGAAGCCACAACUAACCUCAUCGGGUCGGCCAAAACGGCGAAGCAGGAAGGAAAUGAAUUAUACUGAGAGUUGCGAUGAUGCUGACUUGGAGAAAAUAAUUGCAGAGAUAGAGCAGCAGAAUAGCUGUGAACAGAGGCCUGUGUUGGAUGUAUAUGUUCCACAAGAUAAAGAAGUCCACUUGAAAUUGCAAAAUGUGUUGAUGUUACUCAGGAAGUGCUGCAACCAUCCUUAUCUAAUAGAGUACCCUUUGGAUCGCAGAACCCAGCAGUUUCAGAUAGACGAAGAGUUGGUGAAAAGUUCAGGAAAAUUUCUCAUUUUGGAUCGAAUGUUGCCAGAACUCAGCAAAAGGGGGCACAAGGUGCUACUAUUUUCUCAAAUGACCUCGAUGCUGGACAUCUUGAUGGACUACUGCUACCUGAGAGACUACAAGUACAGUCGGUUAGACGGAUCCAUGCCUUACACUCUGCGUGAGGAAAAUAUAAACAAUUUCAACAACGAUCCCGAAGUCUUCAUCUUUUUACUGAGCACUCGAGCUGGUGGUUUGGGCAUUAACCUGACGGCAGCAGACACUGUCAUUAUCUACGACAGUGACUGGAAUCCCCAGGCUGAUCUUCAAGCUCAGGACCGAUGUCAUCGGAUUGGCCAGACCAAACCAGUCGUGGUGUAUCGCCUGGUAACAGCCAAUACCAUAGACGAGAAGAUCGUGGAGAAAGCCACAGCCAAGAGGCGGCUUGAGAAGAUGGUCAUCCAUAAAAAUAAAUUCAAAGGGGGCAAGUCGGGCUUGAACCAGUCUCGGAACAGUCUGGAUUCUUCUGAACUGAUGGAGUUGCUGAAAUCUCGGGAUCAUGAAAGAAUUGUGAACGGAUCCUGUGAAAAAGUGAUCAGUGAUGCGGAACUGCGGGUACUCCUGGAUCGCAGUGAUCUAAUCAAGCAAGCAAAGAAACAGAAGUCGGAAAUGGAUAGCCAGACAGAUAAAGUUUUCAAAGUACUUAACGACGAUGAGGCGAAUGGGGAAAUCCAGCUGUGUGGCCUGUGAGCAUUGCUCAACCACACCUCUGCAGGCAGGAGAUGGUUACUAAUCCUACCCUGCAGGGAAUGGGUCAAUGUGAGGUGCUUUCUGAACUGCAUUCUUGGUCUUAUUGAUCUAACACGAUUCCCCGUUUCGAAGGGUUUUUUUUUAAAUACGGGGCUUAUUUUUUUGCUUCAUUUAACGUGGUUUUGUUUUGCACAGUGGGUUAUACAGGUGACAAUUUUUUGUUUAAUUUUUGAGAUUUAAUACUACCUGAUAUCCUUGAGGAAGGUUGGUUCCUAAUUCUUUGGGAGAAUAAAGAGUAGUUUUGUUUUCUUGCUUUGUUCACCUGUACAGUUUUUUGUUUAGUCCAUAAGUACAUGGGGUUGAUGCCUGCCAGGAUAUUUGCACAUUUAUUGCCAUGGCAGAGGCCCUGAGACAGGAUUUUGAACACCAGGAAUGCAUGUGAGCCUUCCUGAUGCAUUUAGCACCAGUCGGUCGGACUGUGUAUUUGUCAAUGUGUGUUUCUGUGAGUCGUGUUGUCUUCCUUGCCUCUAAAGGAGAAAUGGUAAACACCAAUUUUACCUUGUUUUAAAAGUAAAUUGGCACUGAGGAUGGCGUUGUUAGGUCUGGUUUCUCUCUUUUUCCCCUCCCCCUGACCUUUUUGACUCUGACUUGAAAAUCACAGAGUGCAAUUUUUUUUCUUUGUCCUGGGUUAAUGAUGGUGAAAUUUGAGAAAUUGAUGGCUGCAGGUUUUUUUUUCCUCUAGGGUUUUCCUCCCUCUUUUCCAAACCCCUCUGGGCGAUUUGUCGCUUUGAGUCGAAACCGCUAUUUGUUUAAUUUGCUCGCUUCUGUGAGGUGAAUCUUGUCACAUCCCCGGGCUCCUUCAGCUCCGACGGCUGGAGAUGGCAGUUGCGAUGGAAACGUUAACGAACGCUACGUUAACGAGCUCUACACACUCCUGCACCUGCUCUGCGUUGCAUGCUGUUGUGGGGGUGGGGU